AUGAGCAACGGAAACAGCGUCACCGGCGAGGUCCAGCAGCAAAAGCGCUUCCUCCCCUCCAUAGCAACCAUGUCGCUCGGCUCGUCCACCCUCCACCCCCUAGAUGUGAAGCUCAAAGUCGCAGCCGCAAAGGGCUUCCUCGGCAUAGAGAUGUACUGGGACGACCUGGUGCAGUACUCGCUCCAAUUCCGCCCCAAGCCGCCCUCGCACGCCGCGCACGAGGCCGUCGCCGUCCUCGUGGCCGCCACCAACGUCGCCAACCUAGCAGCGAGGCUCGGCCUCAAGAUCCUCUCACUCCAGCCGUUCCGCAACUUUGACGGCCUGGCCGACCCGGGCCUCCGGGAGAAGCGGCUCGACGAGUUCAGGCUCUGGCUAGCCACGGCGCGGCGACUGGGGGCCGACAUCAUCGGCGUGCCGAGCACCCUGCCCACGGUCAGCGCGGCCGACUACACCGACAACCGGCACGCCAUCGCGGCCGACUUGGCGAAGCUGUCGCGGGCGGCAAAGGCGCAAGGCAUACGUGUUGCCUAUGAGAACCUGUGCUUCGCGGCGCACGUCAGGGACUGGCACCAGGCGUGGGACAGGAUAGAGCUCGCGCGCGAGCCCGACGGCCUGCUCUUUCUCCCUGAUACGUUCAACAUUUGCGGCCGGACGUACAUGGACCCAGAGGCGGCGGGGGGCAGGACGCCCAACGCAGAGGCGGACUUGAGGGCGUCCCUCGCGAGACUCGUCGACACGGUUCCCAUGUGCAGGAUGCCGCUGCUGCAAGUUGCCGAUGCGGAACUGCCCGACGAGCCGCUGACGCAGGACCACCCUUGGCGCAAGGAGGCGGGACUGGUUCCCCUCAUGGCUCUCAGUCGGAACGCCAGGCUGUUUCCCUUUGAGGAGAGAGGGUACUUGCCUGUUGUGAGCGUCAUACAGGCCCUUGUCGGCGCCGGAUGGGAGGGAUGGGUGAGCAUGGAGGUGUUUUCGAGGACUACGGCAGUGCACGGGGAGGAGACCAUCUGGGAGCACGCGGAGAGGGCUUGGGAGAGCUGGGAGAAGUUGGCUCGCGUCAUGGGUUGGCCGGCUCGGCCGCGGAUAGACGGCAGCAGGUAG